UAAGAACAGUUGUGUUGAACGGAGCGAUUUGAAUUUGUUCUCGAAGAAAAUAAUUACAAAAAAAAACCUGACGCAAAUAAUAAAUAAACAAAAAAUAUUUUCUUACUGAAUAUUGUGGAAUAUUUAUAUAUUCGUAAUACAAUUGUAUAUAUACAAUAUACAACAAAAUCAGCGGAUACCAAAAUAAUUGCCGAAAAAGCAUACGUUUUGCCAUGGACGUCGACGCCGAUGAGAUACGCGCUUUGGCUUAUCUGAUGGCGUUUAAGACGGCUUGCGUGAAUGUACCGUUUGGUGGUUCCAAGGGUGGCAUACGUAUCGACCCGAAGAAGUAUACUGCACAAGAAUUGCAAACAAUUACGCGUCGCUAUACAAUGGAGCUAUUACGUCGCAAUAUGAUAGGUCCGGGUAUAGAUGUACCGGCACCAGAUGUGAAUACCAGCCAACGCGAGAUGAGUUGGUUGGUGGAUCAAUAUAUUAAAACUUUUGGCUAUAACGAUGUAGAUGCAUUGGCCAUCACGACUGGUAAGCCAGUAGAAAUAGGCGGUAUAAAUGGUCGCACCGCCGCCACGGGACGUGGUCUAUUUAAGGCGGCUGAAUGUUUUAUUAUGGAUAAAGAUUGGAUGGAUUUAUUAGGCUGGAAGACUGGUUGGAAAGAUAAAACCGUGAUCGUACAAGGGUUUGGCAAUGUCGGUUCCCAUGCAUCCGUUUUUGUAGUGGAAGCCGGUGCCAAACUGAUCGGUGUUCAAGAAUUUGACGUGUCUCUAGUAAAUGAGAAUGGCAUUGAUCCAAAGGACUUAAUGGAGUAUUAUGCAAAAAAUAAUAAAUCAAUCAAGGGCUAUACCAAAGCCACCGAAAAAGAGGGCAGUUUGUUGGGUGAAAAAUGCGAUAUACUAAUGCCUUGCUCUACGCAAAAGGUUCUCACUGUCGAAAAUGCUAACAGUGUACAAGCCAAGAUGAUUUUAGAAGGCGCUAAUGGUCCUUCGACGCCAGCUGCCGAUGAAAUAUUACGUAAAAAGAAUGUACUCAUUAUACCGGAUUUGUUUUGCAAUGCUGGCGGUGUAACGGUAUCCUACUUUGAGUACUUAAAGAAUAUCAAUCAUGUAUCUUAUGGCAAAAUGAAUGUUAAACGCGAGAAAGCCAUAAUCAACGAGAUCUUUAACUCCAUGAAUGAGUGCGAGGUAAGUGAACUUUGACCACCGUGCAAAUAA